CUCGACGUCUUGCUUUAAAAGUCCUGCUGGCUCCUCGACGCUAACUUAUUUCAUCUCUAACAAGCACGUCUACACUCCUGGCGUUCUGCUUCUGAGUUGCGCAGACGCCUUCAGCCACCUACGCCAUACGGAACCUCAGAGGAUACCUGCUUCUGAUGUUCCCUCGUCAUCUAUACGCACUUACCCUUGCGAUUUUCUUUCAGUCUUCAGUUUCCUAUGCUUCCGUCUCGCAGCAGUCAUUCCUUGGCAGCACCCCUGUCAAAAGUGGGCAGGUGAAGUCGGUGCUCGAGAGGGAGCCUGUGAAGGAGCCGGCAUGCAAGCAAUUCCCCACGGGCCCCAUAGAGACGACAGCAUGCGACUACGAAACCGUAGAGAGUGUAACAGAGACCCUCUACAACGAGUUGCACUCGUUAGUCGAGACGCCCUUCUUCAAGUUUUUUAGAGCCGACCUAUACCGCGAGUGUCCGUUCUGGCAAGAGAACGGCUUCUGCAUGAAUCGGGAGUGUGGCAUUACCACAGUAGAUGAGAGCGAGAUACCUGAAAGGUGGCGGGCAGCGGAGCUUAGUAAGAUAGAGGUACCAGAAGGAGACCAGAGGACGGUUCUCCCUGGAUGUUACUACCGCGAUUCGGAUUAUUGCUUCCUGGAUGAUCUAACCGAAGGAGACUACAUCGACCUCUCACUCAACCCCGAGCGCUUUACCGGGUACGCGGGACCGUCCGCGAAUCGCGUAUGGAAGGCUAUCUACGAAGAGAACUGUUUUGGCCUGUCGGAGCUUGGCCUUCUGUCCUCAACAAACUCGCCAAGCCCUGGGCUGGCGAGCUUGCCAGACAGUAUGUCGGGCGCUCUCGUCGCGGACGGGACGGAGAACUCGAAAGAGUGUCUAGAGCAGAGGGUGUACUACAAGAUCGUCUCUGGCCUUCAUGCUAGCAUUUCGACCCACAUAUGCCACGAUGAGAUGAAUCAGACUACUGGUGAAUGGGGUCCAAAUUUGCAAUGCUUUAUCUCGCGCGUCGCUGCCUACCCUGAGCGUCUUCAAUACAUCUACUUCGACACGGUGCUCCUCCUCCGUGCUGUCGCGCGUCUCGGCCCCUACCUUUCAGCCUACGAUUACUGUGCAACAGGCACCCAUGAUGACGAUGCGGAGACGUACGAACGCCUCUCGAAGGUCAUUGACAUCGCGCGCACUGUCGGGCGCUUCGACGAGACGGUGCUUUUCCGUGGCGAGAAUGCUAAUGUCCUCAAGAACGAGUUCAAGGAACACUUCCGGAACGUCACGCGCAUCAUGGAUUGCGUAGGGUGUGAUAGGUGUAGGUUGUGGGGUAAGGUGCAGACGACCGGUAUCGCCACUGCGCUUAAAGUGCUGUUUGAGCUCGAUGCUCUGGCUCUUGACCCGAGGUCGAAUGCGAAUCUCCUCCAGCGCUCUGAAGUCGUUGCACUCAUCAAUACCCUUCAUCGUCUGGUCGAGUCCCUCCACAUGGUCCAGGACUUCCGUCGUAUGUGGGCAGAGACCGGCGUAGAAGAAGAGGCUCGCCUCAUCCAGGCCGUAGAAUCCCAAGCGGCCAGCGCACCAAAGGCUCAUCGUUCUCCUGUUGCCAACGGUCCUUUCUCUCCGCGAAACUUCCUCAUCGAUUUACUCGACAGGAUAGGAUGCUGGGUGCGCGCUUGCCGCGACGGCACCGUGGGAUGCUUGCGUGGUCUAAUUGACGGGGUUACGGAGAUUCUGAACGUGGCGACGAGCGUGUUCAGGAUCUCUGGGAAGGACCAGGGACCUGGUCGUAGUGAUCUAUAGCUGGGAGGGACACGCUACAGCGGUCGUGGCAGGCACGGUAUUUAUGGACACUACACAAUUGUACAGUUAUAAUGCAUCACUGGAUAUACUUGCACGCUGCAACGAGGCCGUGAGGUGCCACCGGGGUGCCACAACGCAUUUCAUGAUCUACGCGUUGUGGGCGCAUACAGUUGGCUGGAAGAGGC